UGCCACUUGUUCAUUAUUCCGUUCAAAUCGAAGACAAACAGUGCUACGUACAAGUUCUUCAAACUUUUCUGUUGUCCACUUCUCCUUAAGGUUAAAACGACAUUUAAUUUCAACUAAAUGAUGAAAGUUGCUGCACCAGUUACGUUAUGUUGGGUCAUGGCCUUGUGCGUGUAUUUGGCUGAAUGUAAUGAGGAAAUUCAAGAUGAAACUAGAAUGCGAGAGCCCAGAGCUAUUUCAAAGAAGCUAAAUUCAUGCACAUCUUGUUGUGCUGCACCUGGAAUUCCUGGUGCACCUGGAAAUCCUGGUGUCCAUGGGGUCCCAGGCACCAGAGGCUCCGAUGGAAGAGAUGGGAGGCCAGGAAUCAGAGGACCAUCUGGGGCGAAGGGUGACAAAGGAAUCCAAGGUAGUCUGGGAAGGACUGGUGCAAAGGGUAAGAAAGGUGAUUCUGGUAAAGUAGGUGCUCCAGGAAAUAAUAUUGAAUCCAACUGGAAGCAAUGCACAUGGAAGAAGGAGGAUAAUCUAGAUAAUGGACUUAUAAAGAUAUGCAGUUUUAAGAAAAAACGUGACAAUACUUAUCUUCGUGUGUUCUACGCCGGCAACCUCCGUAUUUACAACUGCGACGGGUGUUGCAAGCGAUGGUAUUUUAAAUUCAAUGGAAAAGAAUGUAAUCCUACAAUUGAAGGUGUUUAUUACAUAUGGAAAGGUAGAGGUACACAGAAUAUCCAUCGUCAUCGUCAGAUAGAGGGAUAUUGUGGCUACAUCGAUAAGGGUACUAUUAAUGUUGGUUUCUAUGUCGGUAAUUGUCACGGAUAUUCCAAUGCAGAUGCCUACAGUGGAUGGAAUUCAGUCUCUCGAAUUGUGAUCCAAGAAGUUCAGCCCCCUCAGAGUUGAAUCAAUACAAAACUGACGACUGAACUUUUAUUGCUCAAAUUUUUGCAUUUUUAUGUUUUAUGGUAUUUAAAGCUUAACGUUCAGAAGCUGUUAUCUUAACUGUUUUAGCUAAUGUUACAAACCUUCAGUCCUUUCAUGCAUGCUCGAUUCCUUAUAUCUUGAAAAAGCAACAAAAAUGUUUUUCAGUGUAUCAAGAAUUUGUGCAAUUA